AUGUAUAAGACCAUCAACAAGGUGUUUCACAACCAUGGUGGCAAGAAGAAAACGAGAGGAGAGGCUUCGGACAGCAUCAAUCGCAGCCACAGCUCCGAGAAAUCUCAAAAUGCCGUUCCCUACGCCGGAACGCCAAUCCCACAACACGUGGCCGUGGCGGCGGCGCAGGACCUGCGGCCAGAUUCGCCGCUGCGCUUGGGCUCACCGUCGAUUGCGGCGAUUGGUGAGGCCACGCUUAAGAAGAUCGUGAAGCGUGCGUUCUACGGCGAGGGAUCAGGCGCGCCGUCGGGGAGGCUGAAGGAGGUCCCGACGGAGAUGCUGGCGUUCGAAAUCGGCAGCAUCAUGCGGCGCAUGCUCGAAAUAUACGACUCCAUGGCGGAGAAGAUGCUCUCGUCGCUGCGCUCCAACCUCCAGGUGACCCAAUUCUGCUCCCCUCUGCCAUCCAGCUGCCUCCUCUUCCUUCGUGCCUCCCUCCAUCGCCCCUUAAGUGCCGCUGACCGUACCUCCUCGCUCCCUACUCGUUGUCUGUGCCGCCUGCUCUGCUCCGCGUGUUUCGUCUCCGCCACUGCGAAGUGUCCAGGCGUCCCCAACCCACGCGUGCGCUGCUCUUUCCCGUCAUCCCCGCGCCCCUUUCCCCGUGUGUGGUGCGUGCAGGCACCGGGAGUGGUCACGCUCAUUUCCAAUGACCUUCGGGUGCUCUGGGGCCUCGCAGGGUACGAGAAGCACGAGGAGCUGCGCGUGGUGGCGGCGCGCGUGGCGGUGUUGGGGCGCAAGGGCGCGGACGUGCGGCUGCGGCGGCUGGAGCGCGUGUUGGCGCACCUGGAUUCGCCGGACGCCAACUACAAGGACUUCGCCGUCUCUUCCGCCGAGGGCGAGGUGCUCCUCAGGUUCAUGCGCGAGCAGGCGGAGGCGACCAACACGCUCAAGGCGGAGAUGGAAGCCAUUCAGCUGCUGCACUCCCGCAUACAGGAGUACGGGGAGUGGAACUCGCUGCAGGAGAUGGUGACGCAGGGCAAGCUGGUGGAGAAGCUGCAGGGCCACUGCCUCUGGGCCUACAACCUCGACUACCUCGUGCAGGUACGCCCUCCCCCUCCUGCAGGCGAAUUCCCGCCUCCAUCGUCUCGCGCUCGUGCCUUGUCACCCGCCUCUGAACGUGCCCACGUGCCCCCUUCCCCCCAUCCCCACCCUACCCAUGCGCGCGCGCAGCUGCUGGUGGUGGCGGCGUGCUACGUGCGCAAGAAGAUCUUCGCGUCGUUCGGCCACGGCAUGUGCCCCGCGCGCAUCCGCGACGCGUCCUUGGGGUCGGCGGGGUUGGCGCUGCACUACGCGAACGUGGUGGUGCUGCUGGAGCGCAUCAUCCAGCAGCCCGACGCCGUGCUCGGCCCCACGCGCGACGAGCUCUACGACAUGCUGCCGCGCUCCAUCCAGUACCUGCUGCGCGUGCAGCUGCAGGACCCCCUCAACUUCACCGCGGACGGCCGCGUGGAGGCGAACCUGAAGCGCGGGCUGCUGCUGCUGCCCACCAUGGCGCACAACACCAUCCACUGGCACUCGCUGCACACGCCCGGCGCCGCUCUUGACUUCGGCGAAAUGGUCUUCCAAGUGCAGACGUUCUACUACGCGAACGUGGCGGCGGUGAACGCGACGCUGGUGGACGUGCUGCUGGGGCUGUGCCGCAUCUGCGGCGUCGAGGCGCCCAUCGGCAGCAUCUCCCUGCACGCGCCCGCCACUGCCGACUACUCGCUCGCGCUCGCGCGCAGCCAGGAGGAGGACGAGCGCGGCUUCCGCCGGCAGUGGGGCAUGGAGGCGCGCGAGGAGGACUGGUUCGGCGGGCAGGUCUUCAAGGUCGCGGACGAGCGUAGGGGGCCGCGCAGGGACGCCGCGCAGGGGGGCGCGCAGCAGGGCGCGCACGCUGGGGGGUUUGUGGAGGGCGGGGGAUACGGGGGAGGCGGGUACGGUGGUGGGAGCGAGGGGCAGUUCAGCGGGGGCGAGUACGGCGAGCAAGGAGGGCAGUGGCAGGUGCAGGGCGGGGGGAUGGACGGCAGGGGGGACGGACGAGCAGCAGCGGCGGCAGGGAGCAUGGGAGGAGGGGCGUUUGCGCGGGUGCGGGUGGGGCAGGAGGAGGGGCGCGGGGCGUCGAUGGAUCGGCGCAGCGGCAGCUGGGUGUCGGACGCGUCCACCGACGACAACACCACCUUCGGCGCCUCCUCGCCCUCCCUCUCCCUCUCCGAGGCCGGCAGCGCCUCCAGCGCCAAGCCCACCCGCGGCCGCUCCUCUCGGCUGUCGCGCGACCCCUCGCUGUCCACGGACGGCCCCUCCACGCCCUCCAGCCUCGCCUCUGAUCGCGACGGCUAUGCUGCUGAGGCCCCGGGCGCAGGGGAUGGAGGGGCAGGGGGCAGGGGCGGGCAAGGUGCAGCUGCCCCGCCGUCUGGGAGGAAAGCGAGCCGCACGUCCAGCCGCAAGGGCAGCAGCGGCAGCAAUAACGGCUCCGACCGCCCCUCCACUCCGCCCAUGUUCUCCUCCCCUUUACGCUCCCCCUCCGCGGAUCUCCCCCCCACCACCCCCCCACACCACUCCCGGACACCCCAACGCUCGCCCAGACAAGGGACAGGAGGAGAUGGGGACGGGGGAGGGGGAGGGGGAGGUGGAGGGGAAGGGGGGGCGGGUUGGGGUGGGCACAGUGAGGGGCGCAAAAGUCGGAGCAAGAAAGGAGCAAGAGGGAGCAGUAGCAGCAGCAGUGGCGGCGGGGCGGAGGGUGGUUUCUUCAGCAGCAGCGGCAGCUUCAAGGACCACGGCUCAUCGCCAAUGCGCCCCUCAAACCUGUCGGUGCCGGCGUCCGUGUCAUCAUCGCCCUCACCCUCGUCCGUGCCGCGCCAGGUGAGCGCGGACGCGCUGUCGGUGGGGUCCAACGACAGCGACGGCCGCUGGUCCUCAUCGCUCUCGCGCCGCUCCUCACGCUGGGCGGGCGUCGUGGGCUUUGGCAAGUCCAAGUCGUCGCGCCUGCCCGAGGGGGCGCCGCCCAUGCCGCCACCACCCGCGGUGGUUGGGGGGGUGCAGGAGAGCGUGGCGGGCAGCAGCGUGGAGGAGGGAGGGGCGCUGGCGGUGGAGAAUCCGUAUGACGACCCGGCGUUUGCAGGGCUGGACACGCCGACGCUGCGCAAGGCCAUGCAGAGCGGCGGGCUGGUGGGGUGCUUCACGGGGGGCUCGAGCGUGGCGGACUCGGACUCGGAGGCGGAGAGCCUGUCGUCCGUCGGCAGCCACUCCUCCCGCCCCGCCUCCACCUCCUCGCGCUCCCGCCGCAGCAGCAGAGCACCCGAGGGGCCGGGCGACGGAGGGCAGGGGCAGGCAGGGCGCGGGCGAGUGAGGCGGUCCACGAGCAGGAGCAAGGGAGGCAGUGCGGUGGGGGCGGGGGCAGGCGAGGGCAGAGGUGUGGGUGGGAGUGCAGCAGCCAUGCAGCCGCGCACUCGACACUACUACUCGCAGCCACUGCCACCACGCGACCAGUGGAAGGAAGCAGCAAGAGAUGAAGCACAGUGA